UCGCGAUCGCCCGGUUGACAAAUUCAGGGCCCUCCGUCAUUUCCAUUAUGGCCAUCAAUUUUCCGCCCAGUUGUGCGCAAUAAUCACUUAAGAAAAAUCGUUGGAAAAUUAUCUAUCCCUUGACAUAAAGUUAAAGUAAACGAAACAAAAAAAGAGGCGUUUUCUUAAACACUCCAUCAGCGUAAUGCAUUUCUGAUUACCAGUUUGUGUGCCGCAUUCGCUGAUAAAACACUUUCUCUUUUACGGCCGACACAUUCACAUUUUUUGGGCUCAUAUUUUGUUGGCUCAUCGAUGAAAAGUGCGUGGGCGUGUUAUUUUUAAAAGCAACCGACUCUUGUGUUGUGAAAACAAAACUCGAACCUUGGUCCCUUUUCCGCUGGCCAAAACAAUGCGGUUCAACUGCAUUCCAUGAGCGCAAGUGUACGAAACUGCAUUUUUCGGAGCCAUAAAGUGGAGUUACUAGCAGAAAUGGCUUUGUCGGACAUUGAUUUGGCCACCUUGCACGAGAAUCGCUUGGAGCAGCGCUGGCACUACGGAUUGCCCAAUAGCCACCACAUAUACCAUCAUGAUGGAUUCAGUGCUAUGACGCGGCUCUGUCUGGAGCGCAAUCUGCAAAGGAAAGUGCAGCCGGACCUCAACGGAAACUGUCUGGCACGGGGACGUUCUCGGGAGAAUGCCAAUGCCAUUGAUUCGUCGUCAGGUGGUGGUCAACGCAGGCGAUCCGGCACCUGGCCGCGCACUCGCAGCUUGAAUGCACCCUCGCCUGUCCAGCAGUUCGGACCAUGUGGGCGCAUCAUGAAAAACUCCGCCAUGGUGAUGCAGAUCCAGGAUCCGGCUAGUCAACGUCUUACCUGGUACAAGCCACCACUCACCGUGCUGGUGAUCAAGAAGGUCAGCGAUGCAUCGGUGCUGGCGCCGUUCGUCUACCUGGUGGACUGGCUGCUGCAGGAGAAGAACAUGGUCGUUUGGGUGGAGUCGGCCGUGCUGGAGGAUGCCCAGCUCAACGAAAAUGUGCGAUUCAAGGCCAUUCGGGAUAAGCUAGUGACUUUCAAAGAUGGCCGAGAUGAUCUGACCGAUCGCAUAGACUUUAUAGUUUGCCUGGGUGGCGAUGGCACCCUGCUGUAUGCUUCGCUGCUCUUCCAGCAAUCUGUGCCUCCCGUCAUGGCCUUCCAUCUGGGCUCCCUGGGCUUCCUCACACCCUUCCGUUUCGACAACUUCGAGGAGCAGCUCACCAGCGUCCUGGAGGGUCAUGCUGCCCUAACGCUUCGCAGUCGUUUGCGCUGCGUCAUGCAUCGCAGAAGCGAUAGGAAACACGAGGCUAAGACUCUGGAGGCAGAUCCAGAUGGUGAGGCGCGACCUGCAGCCAACAGCAUACUGGUGCUCAACGAAGUGGUCAUUGAUCGUGGUCCCUCGCCCUAUCUGAGCAAUAUUGAUCUGUUUCUGGACGGAAAGUAUAUCACGUCGGUGCAGGGCGAUGGUCUGAUCGUAUCGACGCCCACAGGAAGCACAGCAUAUGCGGCAGCAGCCGGUGCCUCCAUGAUCCAUCCCUCCGUGCCGGCGAUUAUGGUGACACCCAUCUGCCCGCAUUCGCUCAGCUUCCGACCCAUUGUGGUGCCAGCAGGAGUGGAGCUGAAGAUAUCAGUAUCCCCCGAGAGCCGCAACACCUCAUGGGUUAGCUUCGAUGGACGCAACAGGCAGGAGCUCUUCCAUGGCGACAGCCUCCGCGUAACCACCUCCAUUUAUCCCGUGCCAUGCAUCUGCGCCCAGGAUCAGAUAUCCGACUGGUUCGCCUCCCUAGCCGACGGACUGCACUGGAAUGUGCGCAAGCGACAGAAGUGCCUGGACGAGCUGUCGGAUCUGACGGCUUCCGGAUCGGAGGACACGCUGGACGAGAUUGAGAACAUGAAAUUGUACGAUGUGUAGUGCGUAAGUCCCUGCUGCUAUUAGAAACCGUAGGUUAGGGCUUUUAGUUGUAGUUCUAAUGCUUCGCCCUCUUUUGCUUAGUGUGUAAUUUUUGUAGUAUUUUCAAAACAAAUUGUUUAAACACAUUUGCCAAAUGUAUGGAAAUCAUUUUAGUACUUUUACUGUUUAAAACGUCAAUAUUGUAAAUUUCAGCUAGUUAAAUAUAAAUGCAGUUGCAAACUGUAGCAAAAAGUUGUAGAGAGCAUUGCUGAAUGAAUCUCAAAUCUUUGAGAAUUAACGUUAAAAAGUCCCACUUCUAAAAUAAUAAGCAAUUGAAUUAUAUUACUUAAUAAAAUAAUACCUGUAAAUUCA